UCCAGGUGUGUGCGCUCCUCUCUCCUCCCCUGCGCGCACAGGACUGAUCUCUGAUGCCCAAACCGAGGCGAUAACUCCCAGCGCCAGUCUGCUGCAUAGACUCUGCUGCGAGGAUGUUGCAGUGAUAGACGGCGGAGCAUCAUCAUCGUCCCCCCAUCAGCUGCUUCCUCAGCCGGCAUCGUCAGCUGUUGCUCCACAGCAGAGAGAGUGGAAGUCUCGGAAGCUGCAGAAAGAAAAGAAAAAAGGGACAAACUAUGCGACUGAUUCCCGAUCGGUAACCGUCUUUCCAGCCUGAAAAAGUCGAACGGGGAGCGGAUGCGAGCAGAGGUCGCCGACGAGCCUCUGAGUAUUUUCUGCCCUUUGUCGGUGCCGGAGGAGCCGUGCCCAUGGAGAAAGCCACUCCGCCGCCCCAGCCCCAGCUCCAGCUGUCGAUAGCCAAGACGGAAAGUCCGGCGGAGGACAUCUCCGGGCUCACGGACGAGGAGCUGCUCAAGUGGUCCAAGGAGGAGCUGGUGCGGCGGCUGAGGCGCUCCGAGGCCGACAAGAUGAGCGUGAUCCUGGACCACGGCAAUCUCAUCCGGGAGGUCAACCGCAGCCUCCAGCUGCACCUGAACGAGAUCCGGGGGCUGAAGGACAUUAACCAGAAGCUGCAGGAGGACAACCGUGAGCUGCGGGAUUUGUGCUGCUUCCUAGACGAUGACCGCCAGAAAGGGAAGCGUGUCUCCAGGGAGUGGCAGCGCCUGGGACGAUACAGCGCCAGCAUAAUGCGCAAAGAGGUGACUCUAUACCUCCAAAAACUCAAGGAGCUGGAGCUGCGACAGGAGGAGGUAAUCCGCGAGAACAUGGAGCUGAAGGAGCUGUGUCUGUUGCUGGACGAGGAGAAGGGAGUGGUGGGUGGAGGUGGUGGCGGCGGAGGUGGAAGUGGAAGUGUAGGGGUUGUAGGGAUGGGAGGGUGCCGCAACUCAAUAGACAGCCAGAAUAGUUUGCUGCUGGUGCCUGGACAGGGGCUCCUGAUGAGAGAUGUAGGGGACGGGAGUAGCACCUCCAGUGCUGGCAGUGCCGACAGCUCCGAUCACCCUCAUCAUAAGCAGCCUCACCUGGCUGCGGGAGUGGGUGGAGUUGGCAGUGCUGGGGAAAAAGGAAGCCCUGAGCUUGUACAUAAACCCAGAUGUAGCAGCAUCAGUGGAAUAGGAGGGGACAGGGAUGUGUCCAGCCCUGUCCACCCAACUGGGCGUCACCGGAGUACAAGCCUGGAGUACCCGUACACCCUGCCCCAGCUCAGCCGACCCCGCUGCGGCUCCAUUUCCGUGCCUGACCACAGUCGAUCCAUACGAGGCCUCAGCCCGGAAAAAUACGGGAGGAACGUGGGGCGCCGCAGUCCAGAGCAGCACCCCAAGCACCACAGCUCCGAUCUCCUCCUGGGACAGAGGCAGCACUUCCUGGGCCAGGGGGGCAGCGGAGAGAUCUUCCAGAGGCACCACAGGAGCAGCAUCAGCAGCACAGGCUGUGGGAGUCCCGAGCCCCGACAGGCACAUUUAGGGUCCGGUGAGCAUCACGAAAAGGGCUGCGUGGUCCCAGGGGGCAGCCCUGAAAUUCACAGGCACCAGUACAGUAUGAGCCCUGACCAUGUGAAGUUCAGCAGCCCUGUGAGAGAUGGGCAGAGGAGGCCGGCUGGAGACGAGCUGUCGCCACAUCACCGAAGCAUCUACAAUGGCAUGAAUGGUAGGUGUGUGUGGGUGUGUGUGGGUGUGUGUGAGAGAGAUCACCCUGUGUUUUGA